CCUUGUAUCAAUAUUGAUAGAAAUUUCUAUGAGACACAAUAUGUUAUAUGCCAAUGCUAUAAACAUUAUAAGACAUAAUCUAUUUUUAUAAAAUAUUUCUUUUUCAGGGAUUUGACACAAAUGAGGUAUAUUGAAUUCAUUCAGAACACACAAGCCGGUUAGUUACCAAACACUUGACCAGCAAGCGUCAACGUUACUAGGUUAAAAAAAUAAACAGAUAGUUAAAUUCAAUGGAAAUGGAGUAACACAGUAUCUACAUGGAAUUAUAAAUAAAUAUGGGAACAGAGCAUAUUUGAAGUAUUUGGUACAUAGUGACUGAUUCAAGGAAUUUUCCAGGAGACACAGACAUCAAUGCAAUUUUCUGACGAACUGAAAAACUUUGGAAAACUAUCCAUCAUAAUACUAACAGUGACAGGACAGUGACAUUCAGUGCCUCCUUGGAGUUAAUUCAACAUACAAAGUGCAAUUUUUUCUGAAUACUGAAUCACACUGACAAUACACUAUACAUUCAUUGCCAUAACAACAAACAAUGCCACAAGGUUUAAACCUAGCAGCUACUGUGGUGACAGGCCACCCAAUGACUGUUAAAAGUUCCCCUAUACGUCACCAACCAUGGGCCUUCUAUGCUCCAGCCAAGAUCAUCAAGCCUAACUCUAGACAGAGCAGCAGACCUCCUCGACCUGACAACCCAAAACACGAGCCGAAAAAAAUAAAAAUAUCAUAUAUGGACAUGAGUAAUCUAAUUGAUAGACUAAGUCGACCAACUGUUGCGAGUUCUCAUAGGUACGCUCAUCCGAAGAAAAUGGCAGACAAUUGCUAUAUGCAGAAGGACCAGUACAUGUGGCACAGGAUGGACAUUCAUAAGGAUCAUUAUAAAUACCUAUGGGGUGGCAAUGGGAAUGUGAAAACAACAGUGGCUAAAUAGGGUGGCAUUCUCCAUCGCAUAGUCCACAUGUUAGCCUGUAAGGGAUAAAGAGUUAUGAAGGUAUUUAGGCUUGGAGAAUGUAAAUACAGGCUAUUGAACAGCCUAAAAAACAUGGUGAUUAAGGUAAAAUAUGUUACAGGUUCAAAUUGGAGCAUUUUAAAUGCUGUUUGG